CGGAGGCAGAGGGACCGCACCAGUCAGCGUGCUCACCGGGCUCCCGCGUUCAACGUUCAACUCGCUGCUCUCCCAGCCUCGCAGACCGACGGGCGAACGACCCUCCCUCACUGCCCUACUGACCGUUCUGGCUGGACACAAUGUCGGACGAACAGACUCAAGUCGGAUGCUUCACCCGUUUGCUCUCAUUCCACCGCAGGCGCAAAAGUACCCCCGGCGUGCAGGUCGGGCUUGCGGAUGGGUUCAAUAGCAUGCGUCAGACGUCGCUGCCGGCAGCAGAGGUCAAGAGAGUUGCUCCUGAGAGCGCGUCCGAUGCCCAAAAGGGCAGCGAAGAGCUGCCGUCCUACACGCAGUUCGCCAACACAUGCAUGUGCUGCGAUUACACCCUCGGACGCAAUGUCCACAUCGACACAGAGAAGCCACCCUCCUACGGCGGCUUGAGUGACAUCUUCCGCCCCGAGGUCCUAAAGACGAUCGAAGAGACCGUGGACAAAUAUGACUCCGAGCUGCGCGAGCUUAGCCUCGACAUCCUGGCCCACCCAGAGAUCGCCUGGCAAGAGAAACGCACACACGACAAGCUCACCGCGUACAUGUCCUCACACGGGUUCUCCGUGACCCCGCACUACCUCGGGCUCUCCACCGCCUGGCGCGCCGUCUUCUCGCACACGUCCUCCUCCGCCUCCGCGCAGACAGAGAAGCCGCGCGUCAUCGGUGUCAACUCCGAGAUGGAUGCGCUCCCCGGUGUCGGGCAUGCAUGUGGGCACAACCUCAUCGCUAUCGCGGGCGUCGGCGUCGCGCUUGCGAUCAAGGCUGCCCUGGAGAAGCAUGACGUGAGUGGACAGGUGGUCCUGCUCGGCACGCCUGCGGAGGAGGGCGGGGGAGGGAAGAUCAGUCUCCUCGACGCUGGCGCGUAUGAUGACAUGGACGCGUGCAUCAUGUGCCACCCUGGAGGCGGACCAGACAGCUACGCCUCCAUCGGGCCCUCUCUCGCUUCGCAGCCACUUGAAGUCGAAUUCUUCGGACACGGCGCUCACGCUGCGUGGGCUCCAUGGGAGGCGCAGAACGCGCUCGACGCGGCGUUCCUCGCGUACUCGAGCGUGGCGGUCCUCAGGCAGCAGAUCAAGCCCACGCACCGCGUGCACGGGAUCGUGAGCGGGAAGGACUGGGCGCCGAACAUCGUUCCGGACUAUGCGAAGAUGCGCUGGAUCGUACGUGCGCCGACGUGGGGCGAAGUGGAGGUUCUCCGGGAGCGGGUUAAAGCGUGCUUCGAAGGGGCCGCCCAUGCGACGGGCUGUAAGCUCUCGAUGAGCAUCGGAGUGGGCUAUUACGAGCUCAGGCAGAACCAGGUCCUAGGCACUCAAUAUGCGGAGGUUAUCGACCAGUAUGGAGUGACGGCUAAAUUUGACGAGGGCAUGGCUGCUUCGACGGACUUCGGCAACGUCACAUAUGCGCUCCCCUCCCUCCACCCGAACUUCACCAUCCCGACCGAGCCCAACGGCGGCAACCACACGCCGCAGUUCACCAAGUCCGCGGGGACGAUCGAGGCGCACCGGCUCGCGAUCAAGACGAUCAAGGCGCUCGCGCUCACGGGCUUCCGCGUCGUCGACGAUGCGCAGUUUGCAGAGGACGUGCGUGGUUUAUUGAUCUACUGUCCGGGUGAGGGUUGGCUGAUCGUAUCCUUUCGUCGCUAAGGCAAAGAAGGAGUGGGAGGUUCAGAUGGGGGAGGACCUCGGGAAGAGGAUGCGCGUGUAGGUUGGGGAUGCGUGCAGUAGGAGAUUCAGCGAUCUUGGACCUUCGAUACCGGAGGAUGUUAUGCUAGCGACGGAUGAAUGGAACAGCCUGGAACGAAGAUUUCAAUACAUGGGCGAAUCAAUCCAGUCUCCAGUUCCCUGAACGUAACCACGA